AUGUCCACAGUGGCUCUACAGACGGGUAAACGUUCAUUAGUGAACAUCCGUUCACUCGUAUUGCAUAUUGAUUGUGCAUAUGCAUCGACUGAGGCACCCGUCCGAUCAUCAACAAAACCGGCAACAUCAGUUGCAUAUGUCGGUGAUAAUUUACCCAUUAAUAUGGGUUUAAACGAAGUAAAAUCACUUCGAUUAACUGAUAUGAGACGGGGUGGUGGCGGUCGAUCAAGCUUCAGUGGUAUCGUAGCAACUGUUUUUGGCGCACAGGGAUUUGUUGGUGGUGCAACUGUUAAUCGACUUGCAAAAGAAGGCUCACAAAUCAUAGUUCCUUAUCGUGGCGAUACUUAUCAUUUGCGUGAACUUCGUGUACUUGGCGACCUUGGUCAAAUUCUUUUUUCACCAAUUAAUGGUAAAGAUGAAGCAUCGAUUCGUCGUGCUUUACAACAUUCAAAUGUUGUUAUCAAUUUAAUUGGUCGUUCAAGCGAAACUCGAAAUUAUUCUUUUGAUGACGUACAUGUUAAAUUAGCCGGAACAAUAGCAAGAUUAGCACGAGAAUGUGGCGUACAACGUCUUAUUCAUUUUUCAGCUUUGAAUGCUAGUCCUAAUCCACCAGCUAUUAUCGUUCGAAAACCAUCAAAAUUUCUUCAAUCGAAAUAUGCAGGCGAAUUAGCUGUUAGAGAAGAAUUUCCGGAUGCAACAAUUUUUCGACCAUCAGCUAUUUAUGGAAGUCAACACAAUGAUGGAUUUAUUGCCUAUCAUUUUUCUAGAUGGGUACGACCAAUGUCUUAUCUUCGUGUGCCUCUUUAUGCAUCAGGAGAGAAAACUGUUAAAGCACCCAUAUUUGUUAACGAUGUUUCAAAUGCAAUCUAUGCAGCAAUUCGUGAACCAAUGAGUGUAGGAGAAACUUAUGAAAUUUAUGGACCUGAACGUUAUAAAUUACGUGAAUUAAUUGAAUAUUGCCUUCGAUAUAUGCGUCGAAAGAGUAUUAUUACACCGUUGACACCAGAUGUUUUUGUGAAAGCAAUAGCAAAUUAUACGUUUCAUAAAAGCCUUUACAAUAUCGAUCGUAUGCAAUGCGCAUAUGUUUCCGAUACGUUCACACCUGGUUUACCCACAAUACGUGAUUUAGGUAUUGAACCAGUAAAAUUCUCGGAUGCUAUUGGACAUAUGAUGGCUUCAAUGAGAAAAAGUGGUCGAUAUGUUGAAAACCCAGAAGAUUUCUUAAUCCCUGAUCCACCAAAACCAGUUACACAAGAAUAUGAACUUUCACAGAAUUUAUCCUUUCCUUAA